AUGGCUCCCGCUGUUAAGAAGUCCAAGAAGAACGUCGAGUCCAUCAACUCCCGUCUCCAGCUUGUCACCAAGUCUGGCAAGUACACCUUGGGUUACAAGUCCACCUUGAAGACUCUUCGUCAAGGAAAGGCCAAGUUGAUUGUCAUUGCUGGCAACUGCCCUCCCCUUCGCAAGUCUGAGCUUGAGUACUAUGCUAUGUUGUCCAAGACCGGUGUUCACCACUACAACGGCAACAACAUUGAUCUUGGUACCGCUUGCGGUAAGCUUUUCCGCACUGGUGUCCUCUCCAUCACUGAUGCUGGUGAUUCCGAUAUCUUGUCUGCUCAGUAA